CCCGUCUCCUCGUCCCAGCACAACGAUCACAGCCGUUUAUCUUCGGACUCCAGAGCCAUGCGGGCUUCUGCGGAUGGGUACGGUGGUGCGAGUGGGGCGAGCAGAGGGCCGGGUAGAAGCGCGGGGUAUGGGAGUGAUAGGCAGCCGCAGCAGCAGCAGCAGCAGCAGCAGCCGCCGCAGGAGGAGAAGCGGAGGCACAAGGGCGGAAGGGGAGGAAGGGCGGUGGGGAAUGGCGUGAAUGGGGGGCAUGCGGGACGGGGAGAGGAGCAGGGAGGAGCGCCUGGAAGCCCUGGCUCCAUUGCUUCCUCUGCGGCAUCUCGAAAGGCAGCAGACGCCCACCCGCCAACGCCCGAGAGCAAGCUCAACCCUUCCACCAGCGCCGCCCCCCCCAGUGCCGCCGUCACCACGGCCAGCCUCAUAGACUUCUCUUUUGACGAUCCCACCCCUGCACCGCUCACUGCGGGCGCAUCUGCUGCACCAACAGCAGCAGCAGCAGCAGCAGUAGCAGCAGCAGACCCCUUUGGGCUGGCAGAUCUGCUCGCACCUGCCCCUGUUGCCGCUGAUCCCACCCAAGGCAUGGGCGCUGCAGGUAUGGGAGGGUUGGACUCUGCAGGUAUGGGCGGUGCUGCGGCCGGGCCUCCGUACGGGGCUCAAUUCCCCAGGGGCGCUCAGCUGUUUGGGGGUCAGCCCUUUGGGGGCGAGCCGCUGCCAGGGCAGCAGUUCGGGGCAGCGCCGGCGCCGCCUGUGGGAGGCCAGGCGUUUGGGGGCGGUCAGCCUGGGACAGCUGGAGGACAGGCGUUUGCAGGGCAGCAGUUUGGAGGGCAGCCGUUCGGAGGGCAGGCGUUUGGAGGGCAGCAAUUCGAGGGGCAGCAUUUUGAAGGGCAACAGUUUGGCACGGUUCAGCCUGGUGGUGUGGAGUUUGGUGCGGUGCAGAACGCUGGUGACUUUUUCACCAACCUCCUCCCAGCGCCCACAGUAAAGAACGACCUGCCCUAUCUUGGGGGUUAUGCCGCCCCUCCUGCCCCCGCCCCUGCUGUCACCGAUACAAGCUCACUCGCGUUCGGAUCGCCGGGAACAGUGGCUGCUGCAGCUUCUGCUUAUGGGGCAUACGGGCAGGUAUGGAAUGUGCUGGGGCAAGGCAAGGAGUAUCAAAUGGUGGAGUGGAGGAGAGGAAGGUGGGAAGGAAUGGGCCCUCAAAUGUCCGCGUUGGGACUGCCGCCCCAAGCCAUGGACUUGCCGCCCUACCAGAUGGGAGGACCCGCUACAGGACAAGCCAUGCCGUCCGCCUAUGAUCAAUUCCUCUCCACCACAGCAGCCGCCCCUCCUCCUUUCCCCGGUGCCCCUGGUGUUGCUGCUAGUCUCGAUGCCUCUGGUUUUGGUGCUGCUGCCAAUGGUAGCAGUGCAAAUUCAGCAGCAGCAGGAGCACCAGCAGCAGCAGCGGCAGCAGCAGCCAAGUCGACCAAUCCGUUUGCCUUUGAUGAUGACGACGAGGAGGACACUACGGCCCCUGCUGCUCCUCCUGGUGCUGCUACGGGUUCUCAGCCAUUCUCCAUGGAUCCGAUGGCUACUGCUCUCCCUGGCGGUUAUUUUGCCCCUCCUGGCACCGCUGCUGCCCCUUUCCAGUCCCCUCAGCAGCAGAAUCCUGCAGCCACCCCAUUCGCACAUGGACCAGAUCUCACCCCACAACCCUCCGCCUUCUCGCCCUCCACUCCUCCGCAACCCUCCGAUCCGUUCGGUGCACCUCACCCCGUCCAACAACCUCAACCUGGUCUGGCCGGACCUGCCGGUGGGUUCGGAGGUGCCACGCCUGGAGGGGGCGUGAGUGUGUCUGCUGAUCUCUUGGGGCCGGGGUUCGGUUGGGGGGAGCGGGAGGUGGGGGAGGGGGGAGGAGGAGCAGUGGGAGGGGCAGGUGGGGUAGGGCAUAACCAAAUGCAUUCUGCUGCGAUGGGUGGUGGUGGUGGGAUGUCUGCGUCGAUUGAUUUCGGUUUCCUUGGAGGUGGUGGUGGUGGUGCAGCCUCUGGGCUUGCCCCCGGUGCUGCGGGGGGUGGUGGGAACUUCGGAUUAGCGCCUGCUACUGCAGGAGCAGCACCAGCAGGAGGGUCCUCUAUGGAUCCCUUUGCAUCCCUAAUGCCGACCGGAGCAUCAGCUGCUAGUGCUCAUCCACCUGCUUCUGUUGCGGGUGCACCUGCGGCUGCUCCUGCAUCCUCUUUUGAUGGUUUCUCGUGGUAG